CGCCCGCGUAGUCCUGGGCCCCGAGCCGCCCUCCGCCCGACACCGCGCCCGGACAAGUUACAGAUGAGGAAGGCACCGCACUAGGCGCCCCCGUCAUGGCAGCUCCGUGGAAGAGCGCUCUGCUGCUGCUUCUGGCAUCUCAGGCUGUGUCCUCGGUGAACGCCUCUGACGAGGAGGACGUUCCAGAAGAAUGGAUCCUUCUGCACGUUGUUCAGGGUCAGAUAGGAGCUGGGAAUUACAGCUAUUUGAGGUUAAAUCAUGAGGGAAAGAUAGUUCUUAAGAUGCAGAGCUUGAAAGGUGAUGCGGACCUGUAUGUAUCCGAUAGCACCCUCCACCCGAGCUUUGAUGACUACGAGUUACAGUCUGUCACUUGUGGCCAGGACGUGGUUUUCAUACCAGCGCACUUCCAGCGCCCCGUGGGAAUAGGGAUUUAUGGACAUCCAUCUCACCACGAGAGUGAAUUUGAAAUGAAAGUGUAUUAUGAUACAACGAUCGAACAGCACCCGUUUGGUGAGACUGCUUAUUCAGACGGUACAGAUACGAGUCGUAAGCAGGCUUAUGCUCCAGAAGAUGCAUCUCAAGAAGAGGAAUCUGUUAUUUGGACGAUAUUAAUUAGUAUUUUGAAAUUGGUACUUGAAAUUCUUUUUUGAUUCUUCGAACAUACUGUGGAGUAUAAUACUCUUAAUCUGUGAAGCUGAGUGCAGUUCGCUGUGAACCUAGCUAACUUGUACCUGGUUGGAAUUCUGAUUACCUUUCCUAAAUGGGGGAUGGAAAAAUAAAGCCAUACAGUUUUCUUACCUCAGUCACCCCAGAAGUAUGAAAAGCAUCAAGCACGGUAUUUAUUUUCUUUCUAAACAUCAAAAUUCCUGUAAAAGGAAUGUGCAUAAUAAAAUGUUUAAACCCCAUUUUGAUUAGUUUGUCAGGUGACUAAACAGAUGAU